AUGAGUCAACCGUGGAAAUGCCGGAACUGCGCGCAGUUCAACAAGAGUACGGCAGAAUACUGCCCGCACUGUGGCUCCCACUGGAAUGUGAAGCCGCAGGCCUACACAGCUACUCCAGCGCGCACUCCAUGGCAGCCGAUCAAUCAAGAAUGGCCGCAGGACUGGCAGGGGCCCCAUUGGAGGACCACCAAGUCACCACGGUCAAGGAGACGCCCUCAAUCACCCAGGUCAAAGGGUGGCGGCAAGGGCAAAGGCAAGGGCUCCGAGAAGGGGCCAAACCGUCAGCCGGGGGAUGCGUUGAGCAAGCCGAGCCAUCCAUCAGUGGAUGGUCUUCCAAAGGCUCCUACGGUGCCCACGGUGACUUUGCCGGCUACGGCUGCUGGACAGGCAGCGAGUUCAGACGACAGCAAGCUCAUGGGGUUCUUGGAGCAGUUGUCGAAGCAAGAAGGACUGACACCGGGCAUCAAGGAAUUGAUGAACCGUGUCACGGGCAAUACAGUGCAGGAGGAGACCAAGGCUCUGCACAAAUUGGUGAAGGCGAGAUCCACGGCCUCCAAGGCUCUCGCCCAAAUUCAGACGGAUCGCCGGGCCUUCGAGGAGUCAUGGGCAACCUACAGUGCAUCGCUCAUGACACUCCUCCAAGAGCAGCUGCAGACCAGAUCAACCACCCUGUUAGAGCUGGACAAGGCCCAGACAGAGUGGGCGGAGAAGCUACGAGAGUACUCGCUGCAGAUCAAACAGGCUACAACAGGGGAAACGGAGGAUGUCCAGAGGAUCGACGACUCCGACAGCGACAUGGAUGCAGCGAUACAAGUGGAGGAAGAAAGGGCUGCGAAGCAGGCCCAGCACCAAGAGGAGAUGCUGGCACAGCAUGCGAGCAUCUUGACGGCGCUCCAGCAGGUUCACACCUCAGCCAAGGAGGUGGCGAAUCGUCGAGAAGGGUCGCGCACUCCGAGAAGGGGAAAAGGCCACCGAGCGGAGGAGCCCUCUUCCACGGAUACCGACAAGCCAGAAGCAGCCCUAACAGAGCCAGAAGUUACCCACAGCAUAUGGCAGAGCCACGAUUUUGUGGACGACCUGCAUGCAGGGCUCUAUGCCUGCAUGCUUGAGCUCUCGGUGCUGCAGCCUAGGUUCAGCUGGCUGCCAGAUCCGCGCAUCCGUGCCUGUGACCCAGAUGAGCCUUCUAUUGACUGGCCAAUCAGUACCGAUGUGACCUCAGCCACGUUCCAAGCGUCCUCUCAGCACAUGGCCGAGCUGGGAGUUGACCUUGACGAAGUGGCUGGUUCACUUGGGAACACGGGUCGAGUCAAUCAGAGCGCUCUCUCGAGGCCAGGUAUUCUGAAGCGGCGGGCUGUACAGAAAAAGAAUUGUACAGUUGUUUUCUGCGAUGCACCCUCCAUCAGUGUUAUCCCUAGCUGCAAUAAAGGCCGGAGCUGCAAGGACGGCAAAGUUGAAUUGCCACCCACCCCUGGACAAGCCGAAGAGCCUGUCCUCACGCCUCCUCGCAAAGUGGCACGUGACAGUGGAAUCCGUAGCCCAGGUCAGAUUGCGCUUAUUCGUGCAGAGCAUGUUCGCAUCAUCCCUGAAGAGCUUAGAGUCUGCCCGCUCUUCAGCAUGCCCGUUUCAGAUUUCAGCUGGGGAGGGCAGGGCGAAAGCUCACAAACUGCCUUCACGAUCUUCGAUCAUGAGAGGCACCAUGUUGUUUCCAGGAGGCUGCCACAUGCAAGCCUGUGGGAGCUUGUUGCUCUCGCAAUCAGCGAGGCUCCUUUUACAGUUGGUGCUGUUAAGGUGCUAGCAGACUGCCUGCCGGCUCUCCCCAAACCUCAGCUGAUACUCAUCGAGUUGGGCAGAGAUGCCACCGAGCUUCCCAUCCCUUGGGACCUCAGAAGUCUGCAAGAGCCCAUCCGUACUUUGAGACAUGUCAGUAGGCAAGAUCGUGUUGAAGCCCUUCAGCAAGUACAGCCUUUCCUGCGCAGGCAUGCCAAUUUCGUUGCGGAUGUCUUAGAAAGUAGGACCUGGGUUAGGGAUGCACUCGGACCUCUCCUGCAGGAACUGCCCACCAACCUUCAUGUGGUCCAACACUACCGUGCUAGUGAGAUGCCACCAGCACUUCUCAUCGGUGCAGGUGACACAGCUUCUGCUCUUGCGUCUACUACUAGCACCACCACAGGAGCGCGGAUCGCUUCCUCCAAUACGCAGGAUCCCUCCUUGUGUUUGACGGUUAUCAGGGAUGAUACUGUCUUUAGGGUUGAUGUUGGGACUGGACAGGAAUUUUUCGAUGCACAUUUGUUCCAGUUGCUCCGAAGGCAUCACGAGCAGCGUGCGCUGCCCGAUCAGUUUGGGCUCGUCGUUGCCAGCACCCAGCCGCCGCGCAUGGGCUAUCAACAGGAAGUGUGCAUCAUGGUCAAUGAAGACCCAGAGAGCGUGGUUGUCCUUUGGGACGAGAGGCCCAUUGGAGGGCCGCUUCGUGCUAGGUCUGUAUCGGCUAUGCAAGUCACACAACUCAUCCUGCCUGAAGCAGCCCGGGACAACGGCAUGCUUGUGUCCGUAAAUGGGGUUCCGGAGCACUAUGCACUACGGCAUGUCCGUAGUGGAGACAUGAUUCAGCCCUAUAGCGGCGACCAGGUGCCUGCUGUGGUACCACUCAGUUGGGUUCUGCAAAUUUGUCCCUGGAUGCAGCCUCUUGCCUGGCAGAUGACCACUUCGCUUGAUUUACUCUUCAGAGGUCUACGCCACCGUCGGCAACAGUUAGGCUUUCACAUGCUCGAUGUCGGGGUUCUGCUUCUGCGGGGGCCCUUGCAUGGCGACCUACGCAUGCGAACUGGGAUCCAUGGGGUCUUGGAUCUCAACCAUCUUGAGCAUGCUGUGCGCAGGCUUGUGCAUUUUCCAGUGGGGUUGAAUUUCGAGCUUACGCCGGUCAGACGCCGCCACAGUGCACUGUUCGUCUCCACUUGCCCCAAUAGGCAGGUGAACACUGUGCUGCUGCCUGCUCCGGGAUUCCCAGGGCACCAUCUCAUACUUCUUAUUCCCACCGGUGUCACUUCCAUCAGCCAAAUCCCCACGGCCCCUCAGACUCUGCUCAUGGCGCGUCGGGAUCUCCGCCAAGGGGAUGUACUUAUGGCAACAAGGGCGCCAAGCCCUAUUGAAGAUGACCUCACUCCUGAUUCAAGAGACGAUGUGAAUCUACUACAGGUCAGCUUUCAGGUCAAAUCUCCUGUGCAAGAUCAGGUCCGUGCCAUUCCCACGCCUUUCGGCCGGCGUGCGAUUUCUGUGCCUGCACAACAGGCCGUGGGCUGCAACACCCUGGUUCAGGGACCCACGGCCAAUCCCUCGCCUCGCCAGCUCCACCUCUCAGAAUUGAUUGAGCCAGGGGCCUGUGAUGAAUCUGGCUCUCGGAUGCUUUUAGGGGUACAUCGGGACAUGUUUGAGGACGUCUUUGCACCCUUUCGUGCCGAAGCGUUUGAGCAUCAGUGGCAGGAUAUCCCGGACCUGCCUGCAGCGAGCAAGCGCUUCCUCUCCCACCUCCCUGAUUUUCCGCCAGGCAGGCAGCCAGAGGCCAUCCAGGUCUACAUAGACGGCUCUUUUACCCAAGCAAGGAAUGAUGAGGUUCUUUCAGGAUGGGCAAUGUGCAUGCUCGGUAUGUGCGACCACACGUGGCACUGGAUGGGCUACCUCUCAAAAAGGACAGGCUCAGGCAACGAAGGUACACUACAAGUGCCCGUAAGGGCUGCCUGUGACACAGAGCUCGCAGCCGCUGUGCACGCACUCGCGGUGUGUAAUGCCAUCCCCUGCCAAGCCCUCUUGGGCUUUGAUGCCACUUAUGCAGGAGACCUUCUCCAAGGUACAGCCACUGCCAGCACUUCCACUGCGCUCACGCGCGCAGCAAACUCUUUACGGCAUCUACUUUGGCUCCAGCGCAGGGAGCCAUUCCUGCAUCAUAUCCGCUCGCACACUGGCCACCCGCUCAAUGAACUCUGCGACGCGGCAGCUAAGGCGGCAGCAAAAGGCAGGGAGGCAGGUGUUUUCUCUCCCGCUGUGUGCGAGGCUCAGGCACAGGCCGUACUCCCGUGGAUCUGGACAUCUCUUGGGAUUUGCCCCGACUUACCAAGAAUGUCCGAGUCUGGAGUCAUUCACGAUGGAACCCACAGCUGCAAGCCAUGGUCACUGCAUCAGGCUUUGGGCCCGCAAGGAGCUGCAGAGGAGGCCAAACCUGACUCAGCUAGAGGGGAUCCACAGGAUGUAGAUUUUAGGUUUAAAGCCGUCACAUACAACUGUCUCUCUUGUGCUAGCACGGCUCAGAAAGAAUCUCUAGAUGCCCAAUUUUAUGCAGCGCGCUGUUGCGUCGUUGGCAUCCAGGAGGCACGUUGUGAAGGUGAGUCCCGGCGCCAAUCCGAGCAUUAUCACAUUUUGCAGAGUGCUGCCCAUCAAGGGCAAUGCGGAUGCCAGAUCUGGCUGGCCAAAAAGCUGCCUCUGUGCUCUGACGGUGGUGCAGGAGCCACUUGGGACCCCAGAACCCUCAGCAUUCUCUUGAGCCAACCGCGCUUGCUUGUCGUGACCGCAAAAGUAGCGGGCAAACAAUUUGUUUUGAUUGCAGCGCAUGCGCCAGUUGCAAAGGACGCUCUCGAGAAGCGCCGAGAUUUCUGGCAACAGCUGCACUCAGCCCUGCGCACAGCGCCACCAGCAUGUGUCCCCAUACUGUUUAUCGACGCCAACGCUCAGAUAUGUGUUGAGGAUGCCUCCAGUAAGGAGACUUCCAAUGUCUCCUUCUUCAGCAGUCUUCUGCAGGAUCACGAGCUCACCCAUUCAGGCAACAAGGAUGGAGAUGGUGCGGAAUUUUACACCUGGCAGGGACCCAAUGGCCAAAGAGCGUGCAUAGACUUCGUCUGCAGCCCCUCCACACUAAGUGCUGGCUCCUGUACUCUUGGGCCUCUCCCGGCCUUCGAGGGCGUUGUCGACCACGAUCACCGCCCAAUCGCAGUCGAAUUUGUUUGGGCUGCCGAGGCUCGGAUCAAGAAGCCAGUACCUAAACUUGAUGUCGCCUUUCUUCGUACCCCUUUGGGUCGUGCCCAGUGGCAUCAGUGGCUCUCCGCCUCUCCAGUUGUCCCUUGGCAGGCCGGUGUCGAUGAGCAUCUUGAGCGGAUCCAAUGUUUUCUUCAGGCCGGUCUGAACCAGAUCUGCCCUCGGCUGGCAUUGCAGGCCAGGAAUCCUAUUACUUCACCUGAGGCCUGGCAGUGCAUCACCCAAAGAAGGGAGCUGAGACGCAGAUUGCACGAUGCGAUGCUCUUUUUCAAGCAGCUCUUACGCAAAGCCACCUUUCGUGCAUGGGCCGGUCUUGGCACCCGCCGAGCGGACCUCCACUUUGCCCGACUUCAUGCGGCCCUGCUGGGAUCGCAAAUCAGAGUGGCUGGCAACAGGAUACGAAGGCUGGCCAGACGUGAUUCGGCCGAUGCAACCCGCCGCAUAUUUCAAGAUGCACGGGGCCAAGGACCAGAGGCAUUGCACAGGUUAUUCAGGCAGAUCACAAAAGUGGGCCGAAAAUACAAGAAGCCGGCACUCAAACCUGCGAUUCGACAGGUUGAUGGCACUUUUGCCAACGAUCCGGACCUCCUGCUCGGGCAGCAUUUCGCGCAAGCUGAAAGAGCCAGCCCGGUUCCCGCCCGGGACUUGUUGACCAGAGAGCCAGAUGUAUGCUUGUCGCCGCUUGAGCCAGUUGAGGAAAUAAGCGUUGCUUGCCUCUCCGAGGCUUUUGGCCAGCUCGCCUGCAAAAAGGCUCCCGGAGCCUCGGGUAUACCACCGGAAGCUUUGUGUGCUGCAGCCCUGCCGUGUGCGCAUCUUCACUUCCCGCUUGUGAUGAAAAUGGCGCUCCGGCGCCAAGCGCCGGGCUUGUGGAGGGGGGGCAUCGCCCACCCCAUCGAGAAACCGGGCAAGCCUCUUUCCCAGUUGGCAUCCUGGAGAUCUAUUCUCCUGUUAGAAACGGCGGCUAAAGGAGUGGCGAGGUCGAUCCGCCCAAGCCUCUUGAAGGCUUACCGCCAUCUUCGAUGUCCUGCCCAAGGGGGGAGCCUACCUGGCUUGCCGCUGCAGCAGCCCAUGGGGCAUGUGCGGGCUAUAUCCGCCACCUCCGCCAAUGCUCUGUUUCAGGCGGUAUGGUGUUCGUGGACGGAAAAAAUGCUUUUUAUAGCACUUUUCGUCAACGACUUCUGGGUUCCGAUUCGACAGAUACUGCCGAACAGCUUGAUUGGACCUGGACUCCUUGCUGACAGUGGCACGCCAGAAGUCAUCCGGAGACUGAUCACGUCCUUGCUUGAUCGGUCGUGGUUCGGAAUAGGCCAAGGAGGUCGCCACGUGUUCAGCACGGCCACCGGCACCAUGCCAGGUGCGCCGUUAGCGGAUCUGCUUUUUCAGGAGGUCUUCUCGACAGCCCUCGAGGGGCUUAAGGCAAGGUUACAGCUUGCAGGAUGCUUGGCAUCGCUUCGGACAGCCGACGGCGCGGCGUCCAUCACGAUGCCGCCGCCAUCGUGGAUGGACGAUUUGGCGGUGCCCGUGCCUAUGGGACGCGCCGAUGCUGUCAUACCACAAGCAUGCACCAUCGUCCGAGCAGUGGCAGCAGAACUUCGAGACAUCGGCAUUGAGCUCAAUACUGCCGAAGGUAAGUCCGAAUUGCUGCCAAUCUUUGCUGGAGCAGGCAGCCAGGUUGAAAAAAGGCGCUGGUUGUGUGCUGACAAACCGACCUUUCCGGUUCUACUGGAGGGAGGCACAACUGUAGCCAUCCACAUAUCGGCUACCUACAUCCACCUCGGGGCAAUCGUGGACGCCAAGGGGGGGGAUGUCGAAGACAUCCGACGUCGAUGUCGUUUGGCCCACGAGCUCAUCAAGCCGCAGGUGAGGAUUUACAGCAAUCCUUUCUUGAGUGCGAGUGAGAAGCUGGAGAUUCUCUUGGCCGGGCCUAUGUCGCGGUUCCGCCACGGCAGCGGCCUUUGGACCCUACGCCAUCCUGCUGACCGUGCCCUUUGGCAUUCGUCCUACAUGAGCAUCCUGCGGCACACAUUCAGACAGCUUUUCCACAUUCCCUCCAAGGGGAUGUCGGAUGCAGAGGUUGCGACUGGCAUGGGAGUGCUCACUUCUGUGCAGGCCCGCCGGGCUGAUCUCAUCCGCCAUGCUGGCUGGAUGUUGUGUGAAGAAUCCCCGGCGAUCCACGCCUUGUGGUUCCAGACAGGCCCUUGGCGUGAAGAGCUCUGCGAGGCUCUUGCUACUGCCCGCAGCCAUACAGCCCCUUCCUGCUCAGGAGAGCAGCUGCUCCAGCAACUCCUCCGAGACCCUGCGCUGGCCAAACUCUGGGCGCGGGCAUACGUCAAGAAGGAACGAGCCUUACAGCGAAAGGCUCAGGGUCGAGUGCUCGAAGUGUGGGGCAACUUCGCAAAGGCACAGCAGCAGGGAUGGUGCUUUGUGCAUGCAGACUUGGAUACGUUGCUUCGUGAUGGCCAGUUCACGUGCCAAGUCUGCCGUGCAGGCUUUGUCAGCAAGCUCGCCUUGGCAGCCCACCGGCGCAAGGUCCAUCACAUCUCGGCCCGACCGGCGGCGGCUACGAUGGCCACUCGCUGUGAAGUUUGUGCAGUUGAGUUCUGGACCACAGCCAGGUUGCACAUGCACUUGCGGAAAAGUCAACGCUGCCUGGUCACCACCGAGGAGGCUGACCUUGACACUGCAAGGCCCACCAGGGGCUCAGUCGGAUUCACAUGGGCUCCGGCAGUCCCUGUGACGGGCCCUAAGCCCUUCUGGGCUACGUUGCAGCCGUCCGAUGCUCAUCACGAGCCACCGCCCACCCAUGUGCAGCCGGAGUGGCCCAUAAUCCCGCCUCGGGCCACUCUCUACCAACAGCCUCACUUCGAGGCUUUUGUCCGGCAGCUCAUUAUCUUCGGCAUCCGCGUGCAACCGGAUCCUUUCACAGCGGCCUAUGGAACUGUGGGGUUUGCCACGGUGCUUUCGCUUCUGAAGUUCGGCUUGGCCAAAGCCUCGAGACUCAUGGCGCCGUCCUAUGUGCUGGCCAUCGACCAGGGCACCACGUCUACGCGGGCGAUCUUGUUUGACAAGGAUGGCCAGCCCAAGGCCAUGGAACAGCAGGAGUUCCCGCAGUACUACCCGCAGCCAGGGUGGACGGAGCACGACCCCCUGGAGAUCCUCAGGAGUGCCAUUGAGUGCUCCGAAGGUGCGAUGAAGAAGGUCGGCGCCAGCAAGGACGACAUCGCUGGGAUAGGCAUCACCAACCAGCGAGAGACGACUGUGGCAUGGGACAAGGGCACUGGGGAGCCCCUCUGCCGAGCCAUCGUCUGGCUCGACUUGCGAACUUCGGACACGGCAGCGCAGCUUGAGGCGAAAGGCGGCAAGGAUCGGUUUCGCAAGAAGACCGGGCUUCCUGUCUCGACCUACUUCUCAGCCGUGAAGAUGAAGUGGAUGCUGGACCAUGUCCCAGAAGUUCGGAAGGCCGCCGACGAAGGCCGCUGCUGCUUCGGAACUAUCGAGUCCUGGAUCAUCUACAAGCUCACGGGGGGACCCAACGGUGGUGUCCACGUCACGGACGUGUCGAACGCUUCGAGGUACAUGUUGAUGAACAUCAACACCUGCGCCUGGGAUGAGGCCGUCUGCACUGAGCUUGGCAUCCCUGUGACCGCCCUGCCGACCAUCCGAUCCAACUCGGAGGUCUACGGCAAGGUGUCCAGCGUCCCUUCCCUAUUUGGCCUCGCCAUAUCGGGAGCUUUGGGCGACCAGCACGCUGCCUUGCUCGGGCAUGGCUGCCUGGACGUCGGCACAUCCAAGAACACCUACGGAACGGGCUGCUUCAUGCUGCUGAACACCGGCGGCGACGCGGUGCCCUCGAAGCACGGUCUGCUGACCACCAUCGGCUACCAACUGGGCCCAGAGGAGAAGGUUACGUACGCGCUGGAGGGCAGCGUGGCCUGCGCGGGGCGCGUGGUUCAGUGGCUCCGUGACAACCUGGGCAUUAUCAGCUCGUCGAAGGAUGUGGAGACGCUGGCCGGGAAGGUGGAGGACACCGGCGGGCUCACCCUGGUACCGGCCUUCUCUGGGUUGUUCGCGCCCCACUGGCGGGACGAUGCGCGGGCUGUUGCAGUGGGCAUGACGCUCUUCACCAGCAAGGAGCACAUGUGCCGUGCCGCUUUAGAGUCCACGGCCUUCCAGGCCGUGGACAUCAUGGAGGCCAUGAAGCAAGACACCGGCCUCCGCAUCCUGGACAUGCGCGUGGACGGCGGGAUGACGGUGAACAGCCUGCUGAUGCAGAUGCAGGCAGACAUCCUCGGCAUGAGCGUGCUUCGCUCGAAGCUGGCCGAGGCCACCGCCCUUGGAGCAGCGCUGGCAGCGGGGCUGAGCGUCGGCUUCUACGAGAAGAAGGAGGUGGUGAAAGACAUCAUCGAGAAGGCUGGCGGCUACGAGGUCUUCCCGGCCUCGACCACACCGGCGGCGCGGAGGAAGAUGAUGCAGCGCUGGAAGGAUGCAGUGGAGAGAUCUUUUGACCUGGCCAAGUUCGACCCCAAGCGCCCUGACCAGGCGAAGCCGGCGGUCUUGAAGAAGCCGCGGUUCGUUAAGGUAUCCUCCGUCAAGCCUGAGCAGAAGGGGCUGAACCUUCAACUGAAGGUGGUCAAGCUUCCCGAGGAGGUGGCCAGCGACGGCUACCACGACGUGGUCUGCGGUGACGCGAGCGGCGUGGUGACUUGCCACCUCACGCCGCAGCAGUUCCUGCCUUGCGAGGCCGGAAGCUACAUCCGAGUGCAGAAUGCUCGGGUGCGAAUGAAAGGCCCCAGAGGCAGGGCGAGCCUUCGCUGCUGCCUGGCCCUAGCGGCCACAUCCGCGUGGAGGUGGACAAGUGGGGUAAGGUGUCCCAGGCUGACUCUCCGACGGAGACCUUCGAGGUGA